UUUCUACUUCCGGGUUAUAUGAGCGUUGCAGGCGCAAUGACAUUGUACCAAACACUAAAGAAGUCUGGCUGUUGUGUGGUUUCUACUUUGUUAAAACACAUGCUUUGAAGAGCCAAGAAGUGCUUGCCGUUCCGUCAACAUGUCUUCUAGCCAUCCAGGGUUUACAGAGGAGCAGCAGCGCACAACGCAGCAGGCGCCACUGGGUGUAGACUACAUCCCCACAGAGGAGGAGAAGAGAGUAUUGAAAGAGUGCAACCGUGAGAGCUUCUUAUACAGAUCGGUGCCCUUCUCUGUGGUCAGCAUAGCGAUCACUCAAGCCCUGGUUGCCAGAGGAACUCUGUCUCCGUCUCCGAGGUUCGGAUCUUUACCUAAAGUGGCCUUUGCUGGCUUUUGUGGCUACAUGGCUGGGAAAUUGUCAUACAUGAAAACGUGCCAGGAAAAGUUAAAGAAGCUGGAGAACUCUCCUCUGGGAGAAAUCCUUAGGCAGAGGGCAGGGAUGCCGCCGCAUUUCCUCGGUGGUCCUCAGUCAGAGCUCAGCGACCCAAACAGCCCGUCGUUUGACUCCAUGUUCCAGCCUCCAGAUGCUCCGGGAGCAGCGUCCAGCCAGACCAAGGAUCAUGGAUACGGAUUCAGCUCUGAUCCUCCUGGUCAGAUGGACAAAGCAGAUGACUUCAGUGCUCCAGUACAGUCGUAUUUGGAGGAAGACCGAGAACCUCAGAAGAAAUCGAUCCUCUAUGAGAACCUGAGGCUCAAAAACCGGGAGAACUAUGAGGUGACGCUCACUCAGAAGGCUGACGCCAUGCUCAAAGCGCCCACAGAGAAGGACCCAGAGAGAAGCAAGAAACAGGGGAAGAAGAACAUCUACGGAGACACAUGGGAAGAAUGAGUCCUUCCACUGGUCGGAUGAUGUGCUUGUGCUCUGACAUCAUUGAUAACAGUGUGAUGUAGGGCUCCCAGUUCUUCCUGUUUUUUUGCGUUUUUGAUUCAGUUUGUGAUCAAUGUGACAUUGACAGUGUGAAUUAAACCAAACUGGUCGAUGA